AUACAGAAAGAGGUAGAGAAAGAGUUUGAGUGGAGAGAGCGUGAAGAGGCUGAGUGUGACAGCACCGAAUGAGAGAAGGAGGGGGAGGAGGAGGGACUGAGUGGAAGGGACAAGGGAGGGAGAAACUGAGAGAGGGGGACGGGCCGAAAAGUGAGCGAGGGAGGGAAAGUAGAUGAGAGAGAGAAGGAAAGAGAGAAACUGAGGGAGUCAGGAGAAGAGAAGGGCGCUAAAGGAAAAAGGAGGACAGCUCAGCAGAUCAGUUCAGUAGCAUUCCUCUCACAGCUGCAGAGAUUCAGGCUGGGAGGGGAAGUUUAGCUCACCCACCAGGAGGAAGAAAAAAACCCCACAAAACUGCAUUCAUAUAUUUUUUCUCUGGGUGAAGAAAUCAGAAGAGUCCCUGUGGAGGGAAGAGAAGAAGAAGAAAGAGGAAUCAGAGAGAGCGUCUGCAGCCUCCAAGUGUCCUGCAGGGGAAGAUGGAUUCAGACUCAGGAGAGCAGAGUGACGGAGACCUCUCUCCAGGACAGGAGAGCUUUAACUCUCGCUCCCUGGCGCUGCAGGCCCAGAAGAAGAUCCUGAGCAAGAUGGCGACCAUGGUGGUAGCGAACAUGCUAACGGACGACACCAGCAGUGAGAUCUUGGACGAGCUCUACAAGACAAGCAGGGAAUUCACCAAAAGCAAGAAGGAGGCCCACAAGAUCAUCAAAGACGUCAUCAAAAUCGCCCUGAAGAUCGGCAUCCUGUACCGAAACCACCAGUUCAGCCCAGACGAGCUGGACACUGUUGAGCGCUUCAAGAAGAAGAUGAACCAAGCGGCCAUGACAGCGGUGUCGUUCUAUGAGGUGGAGUACACCUUCGACAGGAAUAUUCUGUCAGAGCUCCUGCUGGAGUGCAGGGACCUGCUUCAUGCCCUGGUCGAGCAGCACCUGACCGCACGCUCGCAUGCACGCAUUGAUCAUGUUUUCAACCAUUUUGCCCACGGGGAUUUCCUGGCCGAUCUGUACGGGGACGGAGAGGACUACAGACUUUCUCUGAGGAAGAUCUGCAACGGCAUCAACAAACUGCUGGACGAAGGAACGCUUUAACCUCCCACACCUGACCUCUGUCACCUCUCGCUCUGUCUCCUCUUGCCAGUCUCUCCUGCUGCCUCCUUCUAUUGCCUUUCCACUCGCUCACCCAUGACUGUUCACAUCCUCUACCUUCUUUGCUCUUGUCUUCCUGUUUCUUUUUCAUCCAAGAAGCUAGAUGUAAUAUCCUGCUGCUGUGGUUCAAUGAGGGAAUCUUUUGGACUGUCUUUCUCCUCAGUGGAUCAGUGCAGCACACUGGGACAGCCUGUAUCAUAUUGUAUGCAUGAAAGCAUUCCAAGUCAUCCUCUCUCUGUGCAAAAAUGUACUGUACCAAUGGCCAAAAAGCAUUCGUUCGGUAUAUUUGGUUAUGAAGAUAGUAAGUGGUAGUAAUCAGUCUCUCACUUGGUUUGUAUGUUUGUGUGCACAUUUGUUUGUAUGGGAUUCGCUUGAAAAUGUGCAAGUUUGUAUAUAAGAACAGCUAUGACCUGGUGUGUAUUAUGUAUCUGUGUCAAUCUUCUCUACAAGGAUGUAACACUUGUCUUUUAUUAAAGGUUUCUUGAAAACA